AUGACAGACGAGGGUGAGGAGGAGGAGGAACUGCUUAUUCACCCUAUUCCUUCAUUUGCCGAGGAAGGCAGGUUGACACAGGAGCGGGAGGUCGCUCUUUGGCGCCCACAGGGCGAGUCCCAGUGGCUAAAUGAGGAAAGUGACUGCAGCCAACGCAGCAUAAUGAGCUGUCGAAACCGAACGACAAACACAAUUCUGCAGCUGAGCGAUCCUGGUGCACCAACCAAGCAGCGGUGCGAGAAAAGGUACAUUUACAACGAUGCCGAUGAAACCCCCAUCAACAACAGCAGGCCAGCCCUGUACCAUAACCUUGAUUUUUUACAUGACAGCAGUAGUGUCUCAUUCCCAUGUGAAUCCUCAGCUCCCUCUCAUAUCACACCUCUUGAAGAGGCUGGGGACUCUGUUGACCUUGUCAAUCAUUUGUCGCACUUGGUUGUGGCCGUGUCUCCAAUCCAAAAGAGGCUACUCUUUACGGGCGCCCUAGACGACACGGCUGACGCCCCCUCUGGGAGAGAGAAUCUUAAGGGCGUCGGUAGUGGGAUGCAGUUGUUUCGAGGAAAGCGUUUUUUAAGGGAAUUGGACGCGAACCGCGAUGCCGUCAACUCGAACUCGACGUCGCUUACAAUGCCACGUGAGGCCCACCGAAAGUUUCGGCGCGUAGAUGUAGGUGGAGGUGAUAGCGCAAGCUGUGGCAAUCGCUUCCCCAGUCGCUGCCAGCACGAGCGUUAA